AUGCCUCAGCAAAACAACAAUCCCUUAUCCCAUAGGCCAGCGCCGACCAUGCCAUCGCAACGGGAAUCGAUACCAGCACGUGAUCUCAAGAGCAGUCAAGAGAGCCAGCCACCACCAUCAUCAAACAUCCAACUCCGCUUCUCCUUCUCCGAAUCCUUCAUCGAUGAUGUCGAGCGACAAGUCCACUCCGAGAACAACUUCAACCAGAGUUUCUCGGGGCUGACGAUGACCCCCGGUGCCAGCUUCUCCUCCUCGAGUUCACAAUCUACUACCAAGGCGUCUCCGGUUCAACCCAUCCAACCACAAACGUCAAUCUACCACCAACCUCCGGUCUUGAUCAAACCGGGCAAGAAAAGAGAAGGCUAUGGGUUCAGUUACUCGGAGACGUUCAUGUACGACUCAGACGACUACCCCGACACUGAGUGCGGGGACGUGGACGAUCAGUCGACCGAACUACACACCACGAGGUCACUGGAUAGCAAUCCGUAUCUGAACUGGGACGGAAACAUGGGAUCACCACAAGUGCAACAAUCACAGUCAUCAACCAGGCCAACAUCACGAGACUCAACAGCAACGAUACCAACCCCAACAACCUCCUUCGACGACCUCGUCGUCCUACGCCCCCCAGGCUCCUUCCACCUCGCCCGCCCACAACGCCACCUCCCCUGCACAACCGCAACACGCGAAGAUGCGCUCGCCCUCCGCGCCUCCGCCACUUUACUCCUCUCGAAAUACACAGAGUCUUCAUCUAUCCAACUCGCCCUCUUGACACGCAUGGAGCGCAUGAUGUAUCUCGAGCAGCAGAAGCCUGGUGCGACGGAAGAUAGCGUAGCAGAGAGUUUAGAAGCCUGUGUGAGGAGGCUGAGGGAUUGGUUGGUGAAGAGUCAGCAAGAGAGGAUUGAGACGGGGGAGUGGAGGGGGGUUGUGGAACAUGAGAUUGAGUGGGUGGAGUGGAUGGUGAGGGCGGCUGAGAGGGGGGUGUUGCAUGUAAGGCGGAGGGGGUGUCGGUGUCGGCCGGAGUGGGAGGGGCUGUGA